CUCCGUUUAAAGCACUGAAGUAGGAAACGCUCAGACAAAUGGCGUCUUCACAACAAAUCCGACUUAACAGCUGAUUCUUCAAAACUACACGGAGACCUGAGGUCGUUAUUCAGAUGGUCUCCGUGAGGGCAGGACCUGUCAAGGCUAACAAUGCCUAUUUGCAGCUUGUGCCCUCUGUGCGACAUUUAUUUAGUAAAAUGGAUCUCCAUCGUACUUGUAUAGCAGUCUAGCUGGCUACUGCACUGUAGCUUAGCAAAGCUGCUUUUAAUUGGCCGAGCUCCAGUUCCUUUGGCAAUAAUCUGGAGGGCUUCGGAUUCCACACACAGCCGGUUUGUAGCUCGGGAAGUUUUGACAAACUCAGACCACUUCUUUGAACGUAAGCCCUGCAGUAAGCAGCCAUGACCACAGCCCGGUACCGACCCACCUGGGACUUGGCUCUGGACCCACUGGUUUCCUGCAAGCUGUGCCUGGGAGAGUUCCCCCUGGAGCAGAUGACCACCAUCACACAGUGCCAAUGUGUCUUCUGCACACUGUGUCUGAAGCAGUAUGUGGAACUUCUCAUCAAAGAAGGCCUUGAAACCGCUAUUAGCUGCCCAGAUUCUGCCUGUCCAAAACGAGGACAUUUACAAGAAAAUGAGAUUGAGUGCAUGGUGGCGUCAGAGAUAAUGCAGAGAUACAGGAAGCUGCAGUUUGAAAAAGAGGUACUGCUGGACCCUUGCCGGACAUGGUGCCCAUCGUCAUCGUGCCAGGCUGUGUGCCAGUUGAAGGAGGCGGACCCCACCCGGCCGCAGCUGGUACGCUGCGGCAACUGCACCCUGGAGUUUUGUUCAGCCUGCAAGGCCAGCUGGCACCCAGGCCAAGACUGCCAGGAAAAUCCCCCAAUUACCGCCUUCCUGCCAGGGGAGACCAGUUCUUUCUUUAAGAGUGAAGAGGAUGAUGCUCCUAUCAAACGGUGUCCCAAAUGUAAAGUUUACAUUGAGAGAGAUGAAGGCUGUGCCCAGAUGAUGUGUAAGAACUGCAAGCAUGCCUUCUGCUGGUACUGCCUGGAGUCUCUGGAUGACGACUUCCUUCUUAUCCAUUAUGACAAAGGACCUUGCCGCAACAAGCUGGGCCACUCCAGAGCCUCCGUGAUCUGGCACAGAACGCAGGUUGUGGGUAUCUUUGCUGGUUUUGGCCUACUCUUGCUGGUAGCCUCUCCAUUCCUGCUGCUGGCUACACCUUUUGUCCUGUGCUGCAAGUGUAAGUGCAGCAAAGGAGAUGAUGACCCCUUGCCCACCUAAACCGCCUGCGCGGAGACACCGUGGGGGCUACUCUGGCCAUCUCCGUUCGUUUUUUUUUUUCUUUUUUCCCCUCCUUUUUUUCUUUGUCCCCGAUUGACCCUCCAGGUUGGAGCUGAUGGGGCCUGCACAUUUGAAGCUGCAUCACGACCAAUCUCAUGCCAUGGCCUGGCUUGGUUCUGGGAGUGGGUUGUGGUCAGGCUUGUUUAAAAAGGCUGAGUGAAACUUUACAUGUGCUUGAUGUCACAUAGAGAGCCAGAGAGAUGAGUGGCGAACCACGCCCUCAGCAGUGCGAGAGGGAAUAGACUCUUGGAGGCCCUGACGGUUGUCUAGCUUGAUGCUUGUCUUGAUCUGUGGGAAGUGGUUCAUAGCAUAGCAGUGAUGCUUUUGGAGGGCUCUUCAAUUAAAUACUGCAAUUCAUGUAGCUCUGUGUGCAUAGUAGCACUUGGGUCACUCAACACUUUCCCUGGUUCUCACUCUGUCUUGCACACACAAGGGGCUCUUUUGUCACUUUAAGGUCUGCAGUGUAAGCAGGGACUUUGUUUAAAUGUACAGUGUGUUUUUUUUUAUUGCAACAACUGAACUUAUCUUGCUUUAAAAUGUGUGUUACUACUACUUUAUUUGUACAAGGAUACAAAGCUCCCAGACUAAUAUUGUGUUUCAGGCAGGCUGUGUUGGCCAUUGAGUUUAUCUACUCCAUCCAUACCAGUUCGAGUGUGGACUUUAUCUGUUUUCUAAUUUGCACCUAGCUAUUGGUUAAUCUUGGGAUUCAGACACAUAUUUUAGAUCUGAAUUGCUAGCAAGCAGUUUCUCAUUUAAAUCACCAUUGAUGCUUGCAUUAACUGUCUCGUUGAAUUAGCGUUUUUUUUUUUGACUUUAUAGAAGCUUUACUGCAUUCAUUUAAGAAUCUUAACAAAAAGCCCCAAAUUAAAGAGAGACAAAAUAUUUUAAACCAAAACAAUGUUGUUCACCCCAACAUUGCCCAUUUUUUAGGAAAACCCCACAAAAGCGCAGUCCAACAAACAUCACAAUUGUUUACUGUUUUUUACAGUUAUCUCUAUCUAAAUGUCUCAAUUAAGCAUAAUGUAAGCAUAUCUGGAGGCAAUGCCUACAUAUAUCACAACAAUGUACUGUACAAUAAUCCUGUAUAUUCUAUGUCAGAUAGUUGGAAACUUGCAUGUCUGUUUCACUCAUGUCAGCUUUUAUGACUCGAAACAGGAGAUCGCCCUCAUGCAGUCGCUGUAAUUCUGGCAGGGAUUAUAAACUCUGGCUGAUUUCAAGACUGUUUGGCUUGUGCUCAUUUAAGUCUAGCACUAUAUCUAUGCAAGUUUAUACAACUUGAAGAUUGCAGAAAAUGUGGUUUGUGUUGUCCUCUUGUGCAUUCAGAAGUGUUGUAGGCAAGACGGUGCCCCCAAAGUGUAAUGGUACUGCGGUCAAUACUACUACUAUAUCCAAAACUGUCCAGAUUGCCCUUGGCUUUAACUUUCUACCCAGUGAACAUGAAAACAGCCAGACUGUAACGUUUGAAAAGAAAAGUCAUUAAAUUAUCAGAGCUUUUUUUUAAUUAGAAGCUCAUAAUCUUAUUCAGUCUUGCCUGCAGCACUUAAAUGGUGCAUAUGUUAUCUUGUGACAUCAUAUCAUUUAAAACCUAAAAAAAAAAAAGAAAAGAAUGAAAAACCGUGGCGAAUUUGUCACAUCGUAAGAAACUAAGGUUGUGUCGAUGUAGCUGGAUAAUAUGUAGCUCGCUGGAGUCCUUUACAACCUUUGCUGUUGUCAUACGUACAGCAGAUGUGCCAUACUGGGGGUUUGAUAUGACUGGGUGAGCAUCUGUCUCUCCUUUAUAAUGCUUUUCUUUUGUAUGUCCCUUUGAAACUCAACACAGUCUUUCUUCGUUCAUUAUGUUAAAAUCUUUUUGAUGUUGACAGGUUAACUUCAUUCUUCAGUAGCUAUCUGCAUUAAGACAGUUUUUGCCUUAAGUUUUCAGUACCUCACUUGUAGCUCUGUUUUUUUUUCUUUCUCCUUCAUUUAAUCUCAGGUCCUAACGGAUUACGCAGUUUGUCACUGUUUUGAUAUUUUGUUGUAUGUAGAUGCAAAUUUGAAGUUCAUCUAUGGAUGACAAUCGUGCCAAGCAGGUUUCUAAGAUGCUGAUGGGGGAUCGCUUUUUGACACAGUGAAGAAACACUUACUUAUGUAGGUUUGUAGUACUUUGGCCCCUUGAUGUUGUUGUAUGAACUGUUUUUUAAAGGGUUUGUCUUGUGUACAGUACGUAUAUGGUUCUUGGUUUUAUUAUGCAUUCAUGUAUUGUUUUUUCUUUUACUUAAACACUUCAGGGAAUUGUCUAAUUUGCAAGUCCACAUUUGGCUUAUUUUGAUCCAUGCAUAUACUGAGGAAAAUAGACUACUGACCACAUCUACAUGGUCAGUUGUUCAUCUUUCUUUCAUUUGCAGGACGACAAGAGUACCUGAGAAACUUUGACACUAUUGUAUCCAGCAAAAAGCCAGAAGUUGUUUUCCCCUUUGUACAAGAAUUAUACCUCUUGCACAAAAAAUACAGGGGGAGUAGGUCAUUUUUAUUUGUUCAGCUAUCUGACAUCUGUCUGUUUAAGACAGAGUCGAUUUGUAUAGUUUUACACUCAAGGUUAAUCUUUUUAAUGCAUGCCUAUAGACUUUUUUUCCUUGUGUACUGCAGUAGUUUAUUUGUGAGGGCGAUGUCUGUGUGUCACUUCCCAGCUUUGGCUAUUCCAAAUACCAUUUCUGACCUGUAUACUUGCUUUAAAAUGACAGAAUGUAUGUCCAUUGCCAUGAAACUUUGGGGACUUUGGGGACUUUGGCAGUGUUGUACCCUUUGCUCCUGAAACUGGUUUUGCCUUUCUUUCUUCUUUAGAUGGCCUUUAAUGUGUAAUUUGUUUGGUUUUUAUACUUCAUAGAUAAAAAAAAAAUAAAUAUUUAAUUGUAUUUUCUGUAUAUUGGAAGAAGCAAAUCACACUUGUACAGUUGUAAUCUAAUAAAUUUGCAUGUGUGUAAAGUCCUGCAUAAAUACAAAAGUAUAUCUGCCCCCAAAA